UUAAGUGGGUGUCCGAGACUCAGAGUUUUCAUCGCGAGAACUCGCGGACUUUGUCUUCCGUGUGGUCGCCUAGCUCGCCAGCGGGCUCUUGGACGCCUGCGCGCGUGGCGGUAGUAAUGCCUCCUGGGCCUGUAACGCGCUGGCUGCUGUGGGGUGUCCGGGGGUCUGCUUCUGCCCUCGCGCGCCACGGCUUCCCCGAGCUCCUGCUGGAGAAGAGAUGCACAGCUGCCUUCUCCUUGGGCCGUGGGCGUCCUCGUGGCCCCACUGCAACGGCGGACCACAAAGGAGACACCGGCGUGGAGGAGCGAUUUCUGUUCCCGGAGUACGUCUGGGAGCCGGAGCCGGAGCCCGCGCCCACCCCUGAGGAGGUGCUGGAGCUGGUGCAGCGACAGCAGGAGGAAGAGCGGCUGCGGCGACAGCGGCGGGAGGAGCGGCUUCAGCAGAGGCUACGGGAUGGAGUCCGCGCGCCCCGGCCCGCGGAGGUCCGGGACCCGCGGGUGCCGCCCAGCGACCUUCACUGCUCAGGCUGCGGGGCCGAGCUGCAGUGCCAGGACCCCCACGAGCCCGGCUACCUGCCCGGCGAGAAGCUGCUCGGCGCGGCUCCGGAGGACGGCGGCCCGGCCCUGGUGUGCCAGCGCUGCUGGCUGCUGCGGCACCACCGGCGCGCGCUGCGCCUGCAGGUGACCCGCGAGCAGUACCUGGAGCUGGUGAGCGCCGCGCUGCGGAGGCCGGGCCGGGCCCUGGUGCUGUACAUGGUGGACCUCCUUGACCUGCCCGACCCUCUGCUGCCCGAGCUGCCCGCGCUCGUGGGCCCCAAGCAGCUCAUCGUGCUGGGGAACAAAGUGGACCUGCUGCCCCAGGACGCGCCCGGCUACCUGCGGCGGCUCCGGGACCGGCUGUGGGACGACUGCGUCCGCGCGGGGCUCCUGCCAGCCCCUGGUCACCAGGGGCCACAGCACGCCGACGGGGACGAGAAGAACGGGAAUGCCCCGGCCAGGUCCCGCACGGUGGUCAAGGACGUGCGUCUGAUAAGCGCAAAGACUGGCUACGGAAUCGAAGAACUGAUAUCUGCGCUUCAGCGAGCGUGGCGCUACCGUGGCGACGUCUACCUGGUAGGCGCCACCAACGCCGGCAAGUCCACCCUCUUCAACACGCUCCUGGAGUCCGAUUACUGCACCGCCAAGGGCUCCGAGGCCAUAGACAGGGCCACCAUCUCGCCUUGGCCAGGUACUACCUUAAACCUGCUGAAGUUUCCAAUUUGCAACCCAACUCCUUACAGGAUGUUUGAAAGGCAAAAAAGACUGAAAAACGAUGCAAGUAAAUCAGAGGAAGAUCUUAACAAGCAAGAACAAAAUCAGCUGAAUAUCUUGAAAAAGCAUGGUUAUGUAGUAGGAAGAGUUGGAAGAACAUUUGCGUACUCAGAAGAACGGAAGAAUGAAUUUGAGUUUGAUGCUGACUCUCUGGCCUUUGACAUGGGAAAUGAGCCUGUUGAGAUUAUGGAGAGACCCACCAAGCGAGUAGAGUUGACCCCACAAGAUGUAAAAGAUGCUCACUGGUUUUAUGACACUCCAGGAAUUAUGAAAGAAAAUUGUAUUUUAAAUCUUCUAACAGAUAAAGAAGUAAAUAAUGUUUUGCCAACACAUUCCAUUGUUCCAAGAACCUUUGUGCUUAAACCAAGAAUGGUUCUAUUCCUGGGUGCCAUAGGACGCAUCGAUUUUUUGCAGGGAAAGCAGUCCGCUUGGUUUACAGUUGUGGCUUCCAGCUUCCUCCCUGUGCAUAUCACUUCCUUGGACAAAGCAGAUGCUGUGUAUCAGAAGCACGCAGGUCACGCGCUGCUCCAGGUUCCAAUGGGUGGAGCAGAGCGAAUGGCAGACUUUCCUCCUCUUGUUGCUAAAGACAUCACGUUAAAAGAAGGGCUUGGGCCAUCUGAAGCAGUGGCUGACAUAAAGUUUUCCUCUGCUGGUUGGGUCGCAGUGACGCCUCAUCUCCAGGAUAGACUGUGUCUCCGAGUCUACGUACCCCAGGGAACAGUGCUGACCAUACGGCCUCCUCUCUUGCCAUAUAUCGUUAGCAUCAAAGGAGAACGCAUCCGGAAAAGCGUGGCCUACAAGACCAGGAAGCCUCCUUCGCUUGUGUACAAUGUGCAGAAGAAGAAAAACGGAUAAAUAUGUGAGCCGGCCCUGGGUCACACUGGAUAUAAACUGUGUCAGACUUUGUAGCGCAUAUAGCUAGAAUAAAGUCCUCCCACUCUUUUUAAAGAGUUUAACAUUGACUUUUUAAAAACUAUUCAGGACUGUGCCUUUUGAUAAUGUGCCAGAUUUGAGCCAGGAAACCCUGAUGGACCAGUUUUAAGACAGAAUAUCUUGGUCAGGGGCCAGGGGUCUUCACCAGAAUGGGCAGAAGCCCUGAACUGGCUCAAACCCCAGAUAUAUUGAAGAACAGCGAAGGCAGAGUUCUGCUGAGCACACAUGUCUGCUUUAGGUAGCAAGGCAGGCAGAGCGAGGUGUGGUGACAGGUUGGCUGAAGAAUUGACUUUUCUCUGAUUGUCCCCUCAGGAUCUUCUUUAUUUUCCCCACAAGGCCCGUCUCUGCCAGAACUGGCAAACACCUCCAUCUUCAAGGUAUUUCUAUUCCUCAGUUAGUAGCCUUCCACCUCCCGAGUCAGCCCGAGCAGACAUCAACCCACUGGGUGUCACGACGAACAUCACAACAAUGAAUUGAGUUUGUAAAUAUUGUUUUUUGUAAGGCAUGUAUAUGUGACUUGAAUGCACAUUAAAAAUACUAUCUUCUAACCUUCACUACUGUCAGGCAUAGUGGCACACACCUGUAAUCCUAGUGUUCAGAAAGCUGAAGUAAGAUCAGGUUCAAGGCCAAAAGGUUCAAGGCCAGCUUGGGCUACAUAAUACCUCGUCUGAAAAAAAAAAUCCUUCUUGAGACGAGAUGGCAUUUCUCUUAUUUAGAGUCUAUAGCUGAGAGUGCAGGUUAGCACUCAGUAUAUGACAAGUAUCAGGAAACCUCCAAAACCCAGUGGUUCCUCCUUAGGUGGUCACCCAGGACACUGCAGGUGGAACGCUCUGGGCUUCCAUCUCUGUGGCUCAGGUGGCCACUCCAGCAGCAGGCAGCUUCCCUGUUUCCAGGGAGGGAGCCCAGGCUUUAUAGAUGCACAAAUCCCACAGAUCUCCACUGCCAAGAUCACAGACACCCCCAGCCCCAGGCAGAUGGGCCUCAGUGGCAGGUCCGCAGCUGUGUGUGUAAGAGAGAGGCAGGCUGGGCACGAUGGCACACACCUGUCAUUCCAGCACUUGGGA